UCUACUACUACCACUACCUCCCUCUUAUUUAAGAGUGGCCACCCCCAUGUCUUCUCCCAGCUCGUACAACCUCGCAUAUACUCCAACAUGAUCCCUCUCUAGCUAACGUAAUUCCCUUCUCUUUUCUCUCCGAUCCGGCUCUCGUUGUGCUUAAUUUGUGUGAUCAAGCAGCAUUAAGUGUUGAUCGAUCGGAGAUGGCGACUCGGGAGGGAGGAGGACGAGGAGGAGGGCGGCCGCCGCUGCGAGUCGGGCGGACGCAGGAGUACCGGAUGGGGAGGGAGACGCAGCUGCUCGCCGCUGAGGGCUCGCCGCCGGUCAGCCUCUUCGUGCUGUGCGGCGACCGCUUCGAGGCGGCGCGGCUGUUCCGCUCCGGCGGCCUGUCGGUGCGCAUGGCCCGCGUCGAGGGCCACCCGGUCUCCAUGGCCUCCUGCGCCGUCGGCAACCACCACUGGAUGCUGUCCCGGGACGCCCUCGUCGCGCGCCUCGACGCCCGCGUCUUCGUCUUCGAGAUGCCCGGAUUCUUCUACGCCGUCGUCGGCGGCGGUGGCGCCGAGAGGAAGUGCGCCACCCUCGCCGAGAUCUUCUCCCGGUUCUGCUCCUACCACGAUCUCUCCACCACGCAGCAAGGUGAAGACGAAGCCGGCGGCGAUAUGAACCAACACUCCAACCCGUGGGUGCGCGCCCACGGCAGGAUACAGCGUCUGAAGAAGCCCACCUCGCCGCCCGCCGGCGCCGGCCAGGCCACCGCCGACGCGGCGGCCGAACGCGCCGGCGCCGGCGCCGUUGUCGGACUCGCGAGCCAGCUGGAGCGCGCCGUACGCACGUCGGCGGUCGUCAAGCUGCUCAGCCGCUCCCUCCUCGCCGGCGCGCUCCAGCCCGCGCGCCACCUGAUGAUCACCCUCGCCGCCGCCGCCGGCGGCGCUGCCGCCAAUAAUGCCGCCGGGACCAGCGCCGGCGCCGGUGGCUCGGCGGCGGCGCUGCCGAGCAAGUCGGUCGUGUCCGACCUUCUGGAGGCCAUCGAGACGAGCCGUACGUCGCCGCGGCGGGAGGCGGCGCGGAGGGCGGGCGGCGGCGCCGGCGGGCCCGGGUGGUGGAGCCUCAACGUGGAGGGCGUAAUGCUGCUGCUCAGGGUCGUCCAGGCGGUCAGGGGGCGGAAGCUGCCGGCGCCGGAGAAGAGGACGCGCGACGGGGCGAGCGACGCCGCCGGCCUGAGAGGCGGCGGCAUCAUGGGCGGCGGCGGCGGCGGCGCCGCGAGGCGGUGGUGCGGCGGCCGGCCGAAGAAGCUGGGCAACACGGUGGGCGCGUGUGGAACUCCUGAUCUGAGGCUUUGUGUUAAUGUUCCCAAAAGUGAACCGAGAGAGAGAGAGAGAUUAUUAAUAGGUAAUUAAGCGGAGGAUUAGGUUAAUGAUAUAGAGUUUAACAAGUUGAUCUGUACUGUUAGAUGCAUGAUCAGGUACUAAUGCUUGGUCAUAGUGUUUCUUGUUCUGCUUCUAAUAAUAUUCAUGAAUCGGUGUUUAAUUAGUUACUGGUUUUA